UAUUCUGGAGCAAGAGUUCAAUGAGGAAAUGUCGGUGCCAAGAUCCCUUCCAGGACCUUGCAUUAUCAAUGACAUUCUGGGGGAAGAGACCAAUGAGGCAACCUUGGUGCCAGGAUCCCUUCCAAUACUUUGUGUCCCUACUGACAUUCUGGGGAAAGAGGUCAAUGAGGAAACCUCAAAGCCAGGACCUCUUCCAGGACCUCACAUCACCAAUGGUAUUCUGGGAGAAGAGCUCAACGAGGCAACCUCAGUGCCAGGAUCCCUUUCAGGACAUCUCAUUUCCACUGAUGUUCUGGAGGAAACGCUCAAAGAGGAAACCUCGAUGCCAGGAUCCCUUCUAGGACCUCACAUCACCAAUGACAUUCUGGCGGAAGAGGUCAAUGAGGAAACCUCAGUGCCAGGUCCUUCCAUCCCCACUGGCACUCCAAAGGAAGAAGCUUUUGUGUCAGAGCCCUUACCAGAGCCUUCCAUUGCUGACAAUUACCUUGAGCAAGAAACAGAAAUCCUCAAAGGAUGUCCAGCAGCAAAUGAGGGUUCGCCGCAUUUCCCAGCAGUUCCCUCGUUCUCUCCGGGCCAUCAACCUGCAAAUCGUGCACACACGGACAAGGCUCAUCCGCAGUGAAGUUCGGCUGCAGCGGUGGGGAAAGGAAGGUGACCAAGCUCUGAUGCCUGUAAUUCAGACAGCUUCUCAUGAUGAUCCUGCAGGCCCCGCUGCAUGUCUCUGCCCCCCUGGGUCUGGUUCAUCAUCUUCUGCCUCGCUGGAAGUUGGCUCCAUCCCUCCCUCCGCCUCCACCUCUUCUUUCCUCCUGCAUCCCUCUCCCCCUCCUCCUCCUUCCCCACCUCCUCUAGAGCCGGACCUCAGCAAUAAAAAAGAAACUUUGCAGGGUUUGAUGGAUUUGCAGUUCCAUCAGCUGAAUGACCGCCAAAGAGACCUCCGCAGCUGCCAGAAAUGUUUGCAAAACCUCAAGGCACUGAGGGGACAGCUCCGGAGACUGCGGAGCAGACUGGCAAGGGUGGAAGCCACUAUGGGGAUCCUGGUUCCUCCAAGGGAGCUGGAUGUUGAUGAGGAAAAAGAGGAAGACAAAAACCAGACAGUGCUUCAUACAUAGCUGCUGUUUACCAAUUCAAGUUGAAGUAUGAGAGAUUGGUGUCAAGAUGGACAACUUUCCUAGACAGAAACUACUGUUGAAUGCAGUGAACGUUAUUUGAG